AAUAGAAGUCAUAGCCUUUUUGAAUCGAAUAACCAAAGUGAACUUGAAACAUCAUAACUCGAUCAAUCAGAGAUUGAACUCAUUAUGCCUCCUUCGUCAUCGAGAAGGUACUCGCUUUCAAAUGAUGACGAUUCAUUUGAAGAUCUAGAAAAUUCAUUGGACAAAGCCUUACAUAGUGCUUCCAAUAAUCUUUUCAAUUAUACCAAUUCAGUGAAUAAUUCGCGUCAUAACUCUCAAGGAUCAGUGGGAGCCAUACCUUUAUCUACCAUUCAACUGUUUCCUAACAAUAGUGGUAGUGUCAUAACGACCAAUAAUGAUGAUGAUCAUAAUGAUAGUUCUCCCUUGAUAGCUAAUUCUAUCUAUUCUACCACUAAUCGAUCAUUCUCUUCGUCAACUUCAUCAAUUAUGGGGAAUACUGGAUCAACUUCAAGAAGAUUUAUUACAAAGAUAGUUAACUUCUUUUUGAAUGCUAAGAGAGAAUUAAAUGAAGAAAGAUUAAGACUAACGAAUGAAACUGAAUCGUAUCGUUCAACUGGCAACAACAAUAACGGCAGCACUAAUAAUAAUGGCAAUAAUGACAGCUCAAAUAACAUUGAAAAUGAUAGAUUCCUUUCACCUCGAAAUUCAAACACAACUUCUAAUUACAAAUUCCCAUCUAAUUCCAUUUCAAAUGCAAAAUAUAAUCCUAUAACAUUCAUACCGAUAAUCUUAUAUGAACAAUUCAAAUUCUUCUUUAAUUUAUAUUUCUUAUUGACAGCUUUAUCACAAAUAAUACCUCAGUUAAGAAUCGGAUACUUAUCAUCAUAUAUUGUACCUUUAGGGUUCGUUCUUACCGUCACCAUGAUGAAAGAAGCUGGUGAUGAUAUAGCGAGACGUCGUCGUGAUAAAGAACAAAAUAAUGAACAUUAUGAAGUAUUGAAUCGUUCAAGUACAUCUUUAUCUCAUGAAGGUAAACUUGUCGCAUCCAAGAAUUUGAAAGUAGGUGAUUUGGUACGAUUACAUAAAGGUACUAGAAUCCCUGCUGAUAUGGUUUUAUUACAAUCAUCAGAUAAAGAUGGUACAGGAGAAGCAUUUAUAAAAACUGAUCAAUUAGAUGGUGAAACAGAUUGGAAAUUAAGAGUGGCUCAUAAUGCUACCCAAUCAAUCAAAGAUAUUAAUGUUUUAAUUAAUAAUGUAUCAUUAAUCGUCAAUAAACCAACUAAAUCAAUUCAUCAUUUCCAAGGGAAAUUAAUCUAUCACCCACAUCAAUCAGCUGGUUCUACCACUCCUACUAAUACAAAUAAUGAAACCUUUGCAUUAACGAUCGAUCAAACUUUAUGGGCUAAUACUGUAUUGGCUUCAGGAACAGCAAUUGGGAUUGUUAUAUAUACCGGUAUAGAAACUAGACAACUGAUGAAUACCACUAAAACAGGGGUAAAGACUGGAUUAUUAGAAUUAGAAAUCAAUAGUCUUUCCAAAAUUUUAUGUGUGACUGUAUUUAUAUUAUCAGUGGUUUUAGUCUUAGCUCAUGGAUUUCCUUUAAGUCCAGUAUGGUAUCUUGAUAUAAUGAGAUUUUUAAUUUUAUUUUCAUCGAUUAUUCCUGUUUCCUUAAGAGUUAAUUUGGAUUUAGCUAAAUCUGUUUAUGCAUCCCAGAUUCAAAAAGAUCUUGAAAUUGCAGGUACAAUCGUGAGAACUUCUACUAUUCCUGAAGAUUUAGGAAGAAUUGAAUAUCUUUUAUCUGAUAAAACUGGUACUUUAACUCAAAACGAUAUGGAAUUGAAAAAAUUACAUUUAGGUGCUGUAAGUUAUGCUGGAGAAUCAUUAGAUAUUGUUACAGAUUACGUUAAGAAUAUUUUAUCAUUAUUAGAUUCAAAACCAGGAGGAAGUUUAAUUAAAAAGAAAGAUUUAAGUUCUCGAGUAUGUGAUUUAGUCUUGACUUUAGCUAUUUGUCAUAAUGUUACACCAACAUAUGAGGAUGAAACUGAUGAAGUUAAUGGGAUUGUAUCUUAUCAAGCUGCAUCUCCUGAUGAAAUAGCUAUUGUUAAAUUCACAGAAUCUGUCGGAUUAAAACUAUUCAAACGUGAUAGACAUUCAAUCUCCCUUUUACAUGUGGCUACGAAUCAAACUUUAAAUUAUGAAAUCCUUUAUAAUUUCCCAUUUUCAUCCGAUACAAAAAGAAUGGGGAUUGUUAUUCGAGACUUACAACGUGAUGAGAUUUGGUUUAUGCAAAAGGGAGCCGAUACAGUCAUGGCUAAUAUCGUUAAUAAUAAUGAUUGGUUAGAUGAAGAAACUGGAAAUAUGGCUCGUGAAGGGUUAAGAACUUUAGUUAUUGGUCGUAAACGAUUAACCAAGAAUUCAUAUCAAGAUUUCGUUGAGGAAUAUACUAAGGCUUCGAUAUCGAUGAGAGAUCGUGAUCUUAUAAUGCAACGUGUUAUCGGACAAUAUCUUGAACAAGAUUUAGAAUUAUUGGGUUUAACUGGGGUGGAAGAUAAAUUACAAAGAGAUGUGAAAACUUCAAUUGAAUUAUUAAGAAAUGCCGGUAUUAAAAUAUGGAUGCUUACUGGAGAUAAAGUUGAAACUGCCAAAUGUGUAUCUAUCAGUGCCAGAUUAAUUAGUCGUGGUCAAUAUGUUCAUCAAGUUACUAAAGUUCAUAAUCCCGAAUUCGCCAUGCAUCAAUUAGACUAUCUUAAAACAAAUCAUAAUGCUUGUUUAUUAAUUGAUGGUGAAAGUUUAGCCACCUAUAUGAAAUAUUAUAAUCGAGAAUUCUUUGAGAUUGUGAUUAAAUUACCAGCUGUCAUUGCUUGUAGAUGUACCCCUCAACAAAAGGCUGAUGUUGCCCUUAGUAUAAGAGAAAUCACUGGUAAAAGAGUAUGUUGUAUUGGAGAUGGUGGUAAUGAUGUUAGUAUGAUUCAAUGUGCUGAUGUUGGAGUUGGUAUUGUUGGAAAGGAAGGUAAACAAGCGUCAUUAGCGGCAGAUUUUAGUAUUGAUCAAUUUUGUUAUUUACUGAAAUUAUUAUUAUGGCAUGGCCGUAAUUCAUAUAAGAGAUCAGCUAAAUUAGGACAAUUCAUCAUACAUAGAGGAUUAUUAUUAAGUGUUGCUCAAGCUGUUUAUUCUAUAUCAUCUAAAUUUGAACCAUUGGCAUUAUAUCAAGGUUGGUUAAUGGUAGGAUAUUCGACUGUCUAUACUAUGGCCCCGGUAUUUUCAUUAACUUUAGAUUGCGAUAUUGAUGAACAUUUAACUAAAUUAUAUCCUGAAUUAUAUAAGGAAUUAACCUUGGGGAAAUCAUUAUCAUUUAAGACAUUUUUUAUGUGGGUUUUCAUCUCAUUAUUUCAAGGAUGUGUGGUUCAAUUAUUAUCGCAACGGUUUCAAACAUUAAAGGAAGAUCAAUUUUUAGCUAUGGUUGCUAUAUCAUUCAGUUGUUUAAUUUAUAAUGAAUUAAUUAUGGUUUCAAUAUCAAUUAAUCGAUGGAAUAAAAUCAUGAUGGCCACGAUUAUCAUCACCUUUUUAUUAUUUGUGGGUCUGAUACCAUUUUUACCUGAUUAUUUUGAUUUACAAUAUAUGAGUUCAGUAAGUUAUUUCUGGCAAACGUUGGUUAUAUUGACGGUUAGUUUAUUACCAGUUUGGUUAGCUCAAUUUGUUAAUAGGAAAUUAAGACCACCAAGUUAUGCUAAAGUUCAACAAGAUUGAAGAAAUGAGAUCUAACUAAUAAGAAUUCAUCUCCCUUAUGCAUAUAUAUAGAAGAGUAUUUAAUUUAUUUAAUAAUAAUAAAAUAUGUUUAUUUAUGAGAAAGG